CAUAAUAAAUUCUUUGAUACUUUUGUUCUUCCAACACCACCAACUGAAAUCCAAUUCGGAAAUAAAGAACUAGCAGAACGACAUACAAAUCAUCGCGCUAAACGAUGUUUAUCUAUGCAUCGAAUGUAUGCUUUUCUCGUCGUGUUUGGUAUUGUCUGUUCUGGUUCAACAAUCUACUUCGAUGAUACCACCGACUGGCAUGACUCUAAUCACGCAACAAUCUAG